GAGUUUAGUUCAAUCAGACAGUUCGCAUCAUAAACAAAUAAUAAAUUUGCUCUGUGUGAAACGCAGAUAAAAAAAGUAUUAUUUAUACAACGUGUUGGAUGUUAAGUUAAAUUUUUUUGUUUUAGUAAACAUUAUUAGGUACACUUGUACAAUACAAAGCGUGAAUAUAUUUAGUGAACGCGUAAAAAGUGUACAGUUUGAAGAAACAAUUGAAUUGAUUGAUUGAAAGUUAAAGUUUUUUUUUGUGGAAAAGUUUUUUUUUUAAGAAAAUCAUUUUCGUUUACAAUAUGUCUGGAACAUUUUUCUACCAAAGUAUUUCGAUUGCUGUAGAAGAGUUGAAUAAAAUCAGUUUGAAAAUAUCAACCAAGAAGUGUGUAAAUUAAGCUCCGAGUAUAACCAUCGGAUUAAUUAUCAUUAAACUCAAGUGAAAAACACAGUCAAAAUUUUCAUUCCAAAAUGUUCAAAAAAUACAUGAACAAAUUCACGAACACCAUUGGCACCGUCAAUUAUUUGCAGAAGGUGACAAAGGAAAAUAAUAACAAAUCGACACGGCACAGACGCUUAGACUCAGUUUCCGAUGAUGAAAAUGACAAUAAUACAUCUUCGACGAACGUGUUAACAUCAACGCCUGAUAUCAUUUUAUCAACAGCUAUAGCUGAACUACGAAACACUUUGCUAUUUUACACAUGGUUCCAUGGCAACAUAUCUGGCAAAGAAGCCGAAAAAUUAAUCCUAGAACGCGGCCGAAAUGGAUCAUUUCUAGUUCGUGAAUCGCAAAGUAAACCCGGUGAUUUCGUUCUAUCCGUUCGCACUGACGACGACAAAGUUACACACGUCAUGAUCCGCUGGCAGGAUAGUAAAUACGAUGUGGGCGUCGGCGAGAAAUUUACCACCCUAUGCGAAUUGAUCGAGCAUUAUAAGCGCAAUCCGAUGAUUGAGACAUGCGGUACCGUAGUGCGUCUGAACGAAGCAUUCAGUGCUACGCAAAUGACGGCAGCUGGUAUCAACGGUCGUGUGGAACAGCUUCAGAAAGAGAACGGUGGUCAGGGCUAUGGACAGAACGGCUUUUGGAAAGAAUUCGAAACUCUGCAACAACGUGAGUACCGCAACACAUUCUCCCGUCGUGAAGGACAAAAAAUGGAGAAUCGAUAUAAAAAUCGCUACAAAAAUAUACUACCGAUUGAUCACACACGGGUCAAAUUGAAGGACGUCGACACAACCGUACCCGGUUCCGAGUACAUAAAUGCAAAUUACAUUCGUCAAGCAAUCGAUACCGAACAGUGUGAUCGAACAUCCUCGGUCGAAAACAUUUCCAUUCAGUCGUGCUCUGGCUGUACAGCCACUCAGCAACAAAAAUUAUGCCAAAAUUGUAAAAUGUUAAACAAAACCUGUGUCCAAUGUGCCAUGAAAGCAGCAACAUCACCGUCUACCGCCUGCCAUAAAUGCGACAAGGUGAAGCGAUCCGAUUCGACCAUAUCGACCCGAUUGAUCAUCAAUUUGUCCGACAACAAAGAGGAAAACAGUGCGCCAAAGAAAUAUAUUGCAACGCAGGGAUGUUUGCUGAAUACGAUAGCCGAUUUUUGGAACAUGAUCUGGCAGGAGAAUACGCGUGUGAUUGUAAUGACUACCAAAGAGCUGGAACGCGGCAAAGAAAAGUGUGCGAAAUACUGGCCGGAUGAGGGCGAAACAAGUGAAUGGGGUUCAGCGACACUGACCUGUUUGAAUGAAAGUUCGACCGAUGAUUAUACGUUGCGUGAAUUUUCAUUCUCCUGGAAGAGUAUGGAAGAACGACGCAUCUAUCAGUACCACUUUACUGCGUGGCCCGAUCACGGUGUUCCCGGUGAUCCAGGAUGUGUGCUGAAUUUCCUGCACGACGUCAAUGCUAGACAGGUCGAAGUUUCGGUCAACGGCGUAACACCGGGACCGAUAUGCGUUCACUGUUCCGCUGGCAUUGGACGAACUGGCACGUUCAUUGUCAUCGACAUACUAAUCGAUCAAAUAAUCCGUAACGGGCUGAACACCGAAAUCGAUAUUCAGCGUACCAUACAAAUGGUGCGAUCACAACGAUGCGGCAUGGUGCAAACAGAAGCCCAGUAUAAGUUCGUGUACUAUGCGAUCCAGCACUACAUUCAAACAUUGUUCCCAGUUAAGACAGCCGAGCAGCACUGUAACGACUACUCUACCAUGAAACAUGUCGAAGAAAUAUAUGUUUGAGUAUCGGUGUGUGUCGAGGUCUACGUAAAUUCGUGCUGUUGAUCGGUUUAGACUUUUUUGUAUUCCGUUUUGUUAUAAGUUGUUUGUUCAUCACAAAAUAAAUGUUGGAACCUUGA